AACAGCUUUUGUGUCCUGCCGUGACUCAUAUUUCUAGAUUCUCAAGUAUAGURGCGGAUAGCCUAUUUAAAGGAGACAUUACUUCUUGUUGAGGUGGCAGCUUGUUUACCUAGAAGUGCUCAUGUUUGACUCUUUUAUGAAAUCACGAGCCGAUGUUUGGGUCACUGGAAUAUCCCUUUAAAUCAUUACGGAUAACAAAUUGUUAACUAGUUCUGUUGCUGCAGGAGGCUGCUGGUGUAAAAUUUGUUGGGGAGAGCUUCACUUUAUCUCUUCUGGGUGUGUGAGCUCCAAAUGCAUUCAUUGCUGGAUCGGAAGAAGAAAGAAGCCGGGGUUGGGAUCGAUCUGUCUCUGAGCUACUCGUUGCCCCAAGCUGCGAGGAUGUUCAGCUGUGUGGGCUGCUUUUGGGUCUUCCUGWCCUCCGCUCUGGUCGCUAUCUGUAGUUUCAGUUUUAUAUCAUCUGCAUGGAUUGUCAAGGACCAUCUGAAAAAUAAGGACUCUGUGAGCUUCGGCUUACUUUGGCACUGCUCKGAGUCCCUGGACCAUAUGUACAGAUGCUACACCUUCGGAGGACCCGGGAAAUUCGCUGAGAUUCCAUCCAYCUCGUGGCAGACGAGUGCAGUGCUCUGCUCUGGAGGAUGUGCUGUCCUGGCGGUCAGCUCCCUGUUGGCCAUCAUCACCAUCUUCUUGCCCAGCGGAGGCUGUGAGAGGAGGAUCUGUACACUGGCUGGAUAUAUGCAGAUGACUGCGGUGUUCAUCAUGGGGUCUGGGCUGCUGGUCUAUCCCUUUGGGCUGAACUCCACCCUGGUGAGGUCCUUUUGCGGGGACUCAGACAUCUACUAUGCCGGGGACUGCCAGAUCGGCUGGGGAUACAUGCUGGCCAUUGUCGCCGUCAUGCUCACACUCUUCCUACCCUUCUUCGCCAAAUACGCACCAAAGGAGCAUCUGUCCCCAACCCCACUGCCCACUCUCUUAUAGGACAACAACUGACCCCACCCUCCCCAACCUCAUCCAGUCUGCUACAGUACUUCCUACUUCCCUGUAUGAUGGAGAUGGGAGAAACCCCUGCAUCCACUUCUUCAGUAGGAUGCCAUUUUUAAAAGCCCUGCCUCUGAUAUACAACUAGGCUAUACCCAACUGUGAACAACAUUUAUGUACUGUCUUCCUUCAUACAAAAGCUAUUUAUUUGAUCUAAUAAUUGACCUAAUUGAAUGGAACUAUGUUCUGUUCAUUUUUUUCUCUCCCAAUAAUGUCAAACGUUAACUCAUAUUGUUAUGACUAUUAAUUCACAUUUACUGUCAAUUUGUGACUGCAUUUCUGGUUAGACUUAUUUGAUAUUCAGUAUCUUUUCUGGAAAAAAAUACAUUUGAAAGAAACACAAGGYUUGACAACAACUCCCUCUGUUCAAAUGAACAGAAGUAUACAGCGCAUAAACAUUCCUAUCAUGUUAUACAUACAACGUUGGUUUAAUAUUACUGUAACCAGACAGAGGGUGAUGGUCAGGACUAGAACCAUAAUAUGAAUCCAUGGUGACAUUAAUAGUGGGCAAUAAGAGUGGUCAUUAAAUAUAUCAUUCCAGAAUAAUCAGGGAGUUGUUUGCAAAAGAGAAGGUGUGAAAAUAACCAGAAACUUAAUGAGAAGGUAAAGUAUGGCCUGAGAUUAAAAGAGAAUAUGAGACAUUUCUAGUUAUCAAAAAACAUGGACACGCUUCUAUCUUCAAUGGAUCAAUGCGGAUUUGGCGAACAGUAAAGACAAUGAGAGACCCAUUUGACAUCAAGACAAAGCGAGGAUCAGAAAGGAUAUGAACACGGACUCAGGUCUCAACACAGUGAGCGCAUCAAGGAUUCUGUCCAGUGGAGUUUGAGGAGAGUGGAUUGUAUAAAGGUUUAGAUCCAGAUGCCGUUUUUAUCCAGCAUUGAACAACACUGACUGAAUGGAUGUCAUAAGAUGGACAUGUAGCACAGUGAAAAAUGACCCUUGGGGACUCACCAUCUGACUUAGCCUACAUCUUCAACAUGGUUUUAAAUGGACUAUUGGACAGUAAAAAUUCUAAAGAAAGAGUUGAAUAAAUAUUUUUCAGUGAAGGAGCUCUACCAAACAAUAUAGAUGCGUCGGACCUGCCUUUAAGACAAAUUAAUAUAGAUAGAAGGCGUGCAUAGUAAUAACAUAAAACUUGUCUGAUAGUUAACUUUUGAAGACAUAUGAAAAGCAUUUGUUAUACAUUUUAUGUUGGGAUGACAUGACAUCCUUCUACCAACCUUUUCCCAGAGUUCCUAGUGUUAAUAUGGUUGUCUUGUUAACCCAAGUCAUUAUUGUUUCAGUUUUUACACCACACAAUACCAGGGUUGGGGUUAAUUAAAAAAAUUAUAAUUAAAUUCCCUUUCCCUGUAAAUUCUAUUUAAUUAAAUUUAAAGUCCAGGUCGUUGAUUCCAGUCYUUGAAUUUAGAGAAUUCAAUUCCAAUGUUAAUUAUUCAAUUGCCAAUCCAAUACUUUCCCCAACAAUUCCACAAAUUCUAAUUCAAUUCCCUCAGGCUGAUCAUGUCACAGUUCAGACCGCCCAGCUAAACUGGAAAUAUAGAAAUUCCAAUUCAAGCAGUCCAAACAGUCUAAUUCCAAUUCCAUAACUUGAAGGUUGAAUUUAAUUUGAAUUUCAACAAUGUAAAUUCUCCACUUCAUGAGUGAAUUCAAGAACUGAAUUCGAAUUUCACAUUAAAUUGGAAUUGACCCCAACACUACACAAUAUUAGCUAUACACUAUAAUUCAGGACUACUUUAAAUCAGGGUAAAGGCAAUUAGAUAAGACAGCAUUGUCUAGAAAUUAUUGACUAGAGUGCAGAUGAAGUUGGGGUUAUUUAAUAGUAAAACAGUUUAUCUAGAUUAGAUGAUCUGCUUUGACCAUACCAACAUGUGCCUUUAUAACAGAACCAAGACAAGUUACUUCAAUACUAUUAAUAUCAGGUUACCAUCUACUUCAGCUUAAACUGUGGAUAUUGUAGUGUAAAACAGUUGUAAUUUUGUUAUUUUCUCUGUGUGUGCUGUACUUUUCCUGUAUAUGUUUCAAGAUGUGCUUCUGAACAUUAUGAUCUUGUUGAAAAUAUUCUCUAGAAGAAAAAAGCUGAUGUCUUCUAAAAGCUUGAAGGUAAUGACAGAUAGAACAAGCUGUACUUGUGUUGAAUUAUGCUGCUGACACUUUGCCAGUUUAUUCAUAAGAGGUAAAUAACUUUAAUCACUAAAUUAAAAGGUUGCGACAUAUACCAUGUAAUUUAGAAUUAGAGUGGUAGAGCUCGAGAGCUGUACAAAUUUAACUUAGCUCAAAGUUAUCAGUGUUGAAUUGACACAUUAACCACGUAAUGUGUGAAGCAUGGCUUAAAAUAAUUACAUUCUGAGAUAAGGUAAUGGAUUAGUGUUUUUUGCCAUCCCAUUCCUCCUAAUAUAAUGAUUUUAUUCUAGUCAUCUUUCAAGGACAAAUUGUAUAAUAUCCUCCACAACACAGCCAAUGUAACAAAUAUUUUACAUACAUACUGUAUUCCAAGGUGUGUGUGUGUGUGUGUGUGUGUGUGUGAGAGAGAGUGUGUGCAUAAUGCUGGGGUGAACUUUGGAAAUUGCCAAAUUACUUACAAAGAGGGAAAGUCUUGAUAAUUUUUUUUUAAUUGUGUUGCCAUGUUUUGAAAAGAAGACCAGGAAAGAAAUGUUGGUAUUUGUAUUGGACCUCGUACUGUGCUUGAUAUUGGGAAAGACUGGGAUUCACUUGCUGCACAGGAUUUGUUACCCGAUAUGUUGAAACAUUGUGUCAAGUCUCAGCACUGGUGAAAGUGUUUUUUUGUAGAGUAGUAUUGGGUUUUCCAUUGUGAUAUUGUAUGUUGGUUGUAAAUAAACUAAUAACUGUAUGUGGGUUCACUUUUCAUUCUAAACGGCCCCCCAUUUUUGAAAUACAUAUUUUGAGAUAUUACCUCAUCAAUGUGUUUGUUUUACCUGAAACUAGCCUCUUGACAAAGUUUGCUGUUCUGUGAAUAUUCUUUAUAAUAAAAUGUUUCAUAAAUGAGGAAGAGAAAGGGGUUUUAUUUGUGUCCCGAAACUGAAUGACACAUAUGAAACAUUGGAAAUAUGUGUAUAAUACUAUAUAAAAAUGGGAAGGGAAAAAAAUGUAUAUAUCAUCUGCUAAUAUAUAGAUGCAAUUAUAUAAUUUAACAUUAUGAAAUUCAUAAACACAAUCUUAGUUUGUUGCUGGUCAUAAACA